AAUGGUAAAGUGUUGCACAUUUCUUUUCAUAAAAAACUUAAUAAGACUGCCGUUAUUUUCAGAUCAACGAAGGAAGGGAUUAGCUGCGCUAUGUAGUGUUCCGGUUCGCCAUCAACCAUACAAUCACUUAAAUACCCCGGAUACGCUGGAACAAUAUGUCGCUCGCACUCCAUAAGAGGCUGCCAAAGUGGCGUCUCGAGUGUGGUCAGAAGAAGAGUUCCAGUCAUACACAAAAUGAUCCUUCGAAUAUAUGAAAAUUCUGUUAAAGCAACUAAUGUUUACGGUGGAUGGAUUAGAGGCGGACAAGAAGCUUAGUGGUCCUUGCCACUGCAACGUGGAGGAUUCUGAUGCUAUCGAAGAGGUCUUAGGUUUGCCCCUAAAAACUGUUGCGGAAGUCCUUUCAACUGGAACGAUCAUUGGGACUGCCUCCUAUGCUGCAAAAACUAGAGCUAGUGCUAUUGCGCAGAGGUGGAAGAGCCCUUAGCGAUAUGGUCUACCGUAUUAUGGAAAAACUUUUUUCCGAUCAAGUUUGCGCUUCAUACACCUGGCUGGGGAAAACAAAAAAAGGGGAAAGAAAAAAUUGCUUUAGUGCACUGAGGAGAAUUCAUGCAGCCAUAUUCAGCGUCGUCCGUGCCAACUCACGUCUCCAGGUGGAGGAAAAGCAGGAUGAUGACGUAGAAUUCUACAUUCAUGAAUGGCUACGUCAUUCACAGGAAAAGUGUGAACGAAAAGGAAUAUCUCCAGCUACUUACGAAGAUCCAAUGGAUCAAUAAGGUCCUAAGUCAAUUUUCAAGUU